AUGAAGUCUCCAGAGUAUCUAUCAAAAGAUAUUUUAGAUGAGGACUUCGUUCGGGUUUUUCGUUUUCCAUUUUUGGUGCAAAUGGCGCUAGGAUCAUGCAGAGUCCACUUGAAAGCCAGAUUCAUUACUAUACCGACGCUCGGUCAAAAACUUUACACAGUAAUGAGCAUAAUAAUUUGUUCUUUGUUGUAUUUUAAUAUGACGAAGCUUUAUCUACCUCUAUAUUACGAACACAGUAUCGUGUACUAUAUUUUUGUGACCGUGACUGGUUUGGAUCAGUUAUCUUUUUUUGCAAAUUUAAUUCAUCUGCGAUUUCUUAAUGGGGAAACUAAUACUGCAUUCUACAUCAUGAUGCAGAGAAUUGAUCGGAAUAUGAAGAUUGAUCACAACAAUAUUUUCAACAAAACGGUUACACUAGCUAAUAUAUUAACGAUUACAUUAAUUAUAUUACAUUACGUUGGCCUUGUAAUAUCAACGAUAAUAUUGAAAGAAUACUCACUACUUAGUUUGUUUGGAUUGUUGUACGGUCAAUUAAUGCUGAUGGUCGAAAUGGCGCUCUGUUCAAAUCUAAUUAUAUUUUUCUUUAUGCGGGUUCGUUUUGUGAAUGCUAUUUUAAAAAAUCAUGUUCAUCCGGAAAAUCAAAAUCAACCUCCGAAACUUGUAAGGUACUUUGUAACUAAUAGAAUUACGAGGUACCUCGCUGCACAAACACAUGACUUCAUCGUAAACGACACAGAUGUUUAUUUGAAGCAAAUAUUCGAAGGAUUUUCGAUGUUUAUCGAUAUUUAUAGAUUUCAGGUAUGCCUCUUUUGCAUAAAGCUAGUUGUAUUGAGCCUGCUAAAUUUCGAAUUCUGCUUGGUUGGGAUACAAAGAAAUGUUUUAGGAGCAAAUCAUAUAGGAAACUACUAUAUUAUAGUAAAUUCAGUUAUGGGAUUUUUCACUGCGCUGUAUGUAAGCGGACGCUGUGAAUUGUUCUUCAGAGAAAUACGGGAAACCAAGCGUUUGUCCGUUGCUGUUCUGUUACAAUAUCAAGAAGGUCCCCUCAGAAAAAAGGCGACAAGAAUGUUAAAAAUUAUAGAAGAGUCAACCCCCCAAUUUUCCAUUUACGACAUGUGGCAAAUGGACGGCUACACCUUCGUAAAAAUCUGCAGUUUAGUCACAAACCUCAUUGUGACUUCAUUACAAUUCGCUUACUUAUAA